CGGCCGCCCCCUCCGCCGCCUCCCGCCGGUACCGAGCGGCUCGCGGGUGUCGGUGCUGCCCCGGCCCCGCCCCCGCUCCCGCUCCGGGACAUGGACUCCGACUCCUGCGCGUCCCCGUUCGGGCCGGAGGACUUCUCCCCCGCCGCCCGGCGCCGCCGAACCGUGGAGGACUUCAACAAGUUCUGCACCUUCGUCCUGGCCUACGCCGGGUACAUCCCGUACCCGCAGGAGGAAACGCCGCUGCGGAACAGCCCCAGCCCCCCCAACAGCACCGGAGGGACCAUUGACAGCGAUAGUUGGGAUCCCCGGUUCAAUGACAUCCCCUCCUCCGUGGCCCUGCCCGCGAAGAGCAGGAAGAGCUUCAGUCAGCUCAAGCGAGCGAAACCCUAUGGGUCCCUGUUCCAGAGGGCCAAACCCGGCAGCUUCCUGCCGGAGAGGAAGCAGAUCGAUAAGAUCAGGAAGAAGAAGAAGCUGAAGAGGAGGGAGACGGAGGUGUCUGCAGAGGAGGACUACGAGGAGAAGCUGCUGGAGCUGGAGGCAGAGGACUCUUAUGUAGAGACACCAAUGAGCCCCUCGUCCGAGGGCGAUGCGCCGUCGGCACCCGAGCACUGCUCGGUGUGGGACUCUGACACCCCCUCCAGCGGGUCCUGCCCUGCCGGUGCGCCCGAGCCGGCCGUGCAGAUCCAGAGCGUGGGCAAGCGCACGGUCAUCCGGCAGGGCAAGCAGGUGGUGUUCCGGGACGAGGACGGCACCGGCGACGACGAGGACAUCAUGGUGGAUUCGGAUGACGACUCGUGGGACCUGGUCACCUGCUUCUGCAUGAAGCCGUUUGCGGGGCGGCCGAUGAUCGAGUGUAAUGAGUGCCACACCUGGAUCCACCUCUCCUGCGCCAAGAUCCGCAAGUCCAACGUCCCCGAGGUCUACAUUUGCCAGAAGUGCCGGGACUCCAAGUUUGACAUUCGCCGUUCCAACCGCUCCCGGACGGGCUCACGCCGGCGCUUCCUGGACUAGGGGGUUUGGAUGGUGCCGGGGCUGGGGGGGGUCCCCCGAACUGCUGCUGCUCAGGCUGAGGGGCCGCCCGCCGGCCUGCGGUGACCGGGGUGAGGACAGGCCGAGUGGUCGCAACUGCUGCUAGAUAUGGAUUAGCUCAAGGACAGACCAAGCGGGGCCUUGUCCCGUUACAACCACGGAUCGGGUGAUGGGGGAAUGUACGAUACCUUUGCCACGUAUGUUCUCUCAUCCCAUCAGGACACUGCAAACCUCCUCUGUGCUGGGAGGCUCCUCCGAAGGGGGGGGAAGAGGAGGGAGUCUGUGUGAAGAGUCUGAGUAAAUGGCCAUGUGUUUUAAUUUCAGUGUAAUAUUAUCCCUGCCCGUUUGUCUGUACGUAUCAGUCUCAGAUAUUCUAAGGCUCUGUAGGGGUGUUGAUGUGUCCCGAUCUGCUGCCUCCUCCCCAGGCUCAGGCAGACGAGAGGUCUGGCAUUUGGCAUCAUCCAAGUGAGGAUGGGACUUUGUCCUGCGCUGGGGGCUGGCAGGUUGGAAGGAAGAGAGCAGCCCUGUCCCACUGGGGAUCAGCAGCAUCGGGUUCCUCCCUAGAAGGUCUCUUCUGAUGGUGCUUUCUCAUGACUUUGUUUUGCAUGAUCAGCUUGAUGUAAGGGGGAGGCUGUUUCCUCCGUUCCCUGGCCCUGUGUUAAGCUCUAAGGUGCUGUUUUAGGCCAAUGAUGACUCUCCCCUUCCUCAGCCCAGAAUUCAAACAUGGACUGCAAAAGGGGUCGUAGUAAACCUAGAACCUGGCAGGUCUGCGCUGGGACUCGAUCGGUUCCAUCCGAGUACUGCAGCUGAGCUCACUUUUGUUUUCACUUUUGGUUUUGGAGCCUGGAUUUGUAAUCAAAAACCCCAAAUCUUCAACCUCUCGGCUGCAAACGAUGCAGAUAAAAGCAAAUGUGGCUCUGCAGGUAGCAAGGUGAAGUGCAAUGAAGAUCCAGCUGCUGUGGGGGAGUCCUGGAGAGUGCUGAGGCCCUUGAUGGGGACUUCCUGGGGAUUCCCAAAGGAAUCCUGUUGAAUGUGAUGGGAGUCAGGCCUGUACAUGAGGCUGAGAUGACAACGCUGUUCCUUAGUGACCAGCAGUGUGUAUGGAGCAGGGGUCUUGCCAGCACAGAGCCAGGUUCCCUCCUCUGAAGUCUGCCAUAGAGCUGUGGCCAGAGCAGCACCGCAGUGCCCUGGGGCCAUGGCGUGUGGGGUGCCAAAGGUCUGACAGCCUGGGGCAGAGCAGGAACUGCACCAUGUCUAGCUGCUUCUGACCUGCUGCUGCAUCAAACCUCGUUCCACCCACUCCGGGGUCUGAAACCAGCUCCUGUGACACCUUAAGCCCGUGGUGUGGUGCCCUUCAGAAGCCGCACGGAACCACUGAGGAGUCUGCCAAAGACUUGCCCCUGACUGCUCUUUCCAGCCCAAAAACAACCAAAGUCCUCCAAUGCUGUGGUUUCACUCUGCCAACGGAACGGCUUCGGGAGACGCCGGUCGUGAGCUGCACCAGGGUCAGACCUGCUCUGAGAGCUGCCAUCUCUGUUCACAGCGUGGCUGCAGCUCAACCGGACCUCACCAGAGAAGUGGUGAACUGCCAAGAGAACUGGCUCUGUUCCCCUGAGGUUCCAUACUGAUCAAUGGGACUGACUCUUGUUCUGUUACCUUUCCAGAUGUAUCCCUUGGAUGGUGUCUGACAAGUCCAGCACGUUACAGUAUCAGCAGAGAGAAACAAACAAGUAACAUCUCCAUUCUUUUAGUUGAUCACUUCCAGCCAUGUAUAAUUAUAGUUUAAUUCAGAACUUUAUUUUUUCAUUAAAACUGUUUUAAUGAA